AUUGAUGAACACGAGACUGCGGAGCUCGUAUAUAACUCGAUCUUCCAGGAUGUUCGAACGCCAGUGCGAGCAGUGAAAGCAAAAGCGAACGAAUCGUUCUUGAAAAUGAUCGCGUGCACUGUCAUUUUCUAUUUGGCAUUCGGCUUCUGUGAAGCUCUACCGAAACCGAGCGCUUCAGAGGACCGAGAUUUUCCACAUUUAAAAACCGUUGAUCACGGGCACGGGGCUACGAGCUAUCAGAACGUGAAUGUACAGAAUUUCCUUUCUGUUCCAAUCCCGAAAGAUUUGCAGGUCGACGAUGGCCACGAGUACAAAAUCCAGCGCGAAUACCCCCAACACCCGGACGAUAAAAAGCAUCACGACAUUUCGUCGUUGGAUUUGCUCAACUACGUGGACUCGGAGGCGGUUGUCGAGCACGUGAUUAUUCCCGCAGAAGCUUCGGAAGACUCGGACGACCGCGAGGCACGCUCGAAUCACGAGUCUCAGUACAGUGCUGCUCCCUCGAGUAACUACGAGAAUUACGAUCACGAGAUGAUCGAGUACGAAUAUCACUAGGCUAGGAAGCUGAGGAUAAGAG